AUGGCCUCUGCAGUGUCGCUAGAUAAGAUGGUCUUCUACCCCGGCCCACCUCCACAGUCGACCGCCCGCAAGUCGUUCGAACAUUUCGCCGCCUCGAGAAGUCGCCCCGGCGAAGCCGUGUUCAGCAUCUCGAGCGCUUGCCACCAGCCGCCAGUGAAUCGUCCCGGCGCCGGCAUGGACACCGAAUUCCGUAUAGCAUCGAUAAUCGCACCGUCACACGGCCGGGAGCUCCAUCCGCCCCAGCUUCUAUCUAGGGCUGCAGGCGAUUCCCCUGUUGGGGAGGCCAUGCAGAUCCCUGAUGCCACGUUCUCGACGGCCAGUACCGCGUCGACUGCGGUAUCACUAGGCGAUAACCAUGUGUCGUUGGCGGAGUCUGUUGUAGCAGCAUGUUCAUCACCGCUGCAGAUCGAACGCACACCUACACGGAGCAGCGUCGCCGAGCUGCCGGGCCAUGCGGAAAAGCUCUGCUGGGAUACUACGACAUCCGCCGAACCUGGUGUCCCGUUUCGCACCGAAGACACGGAUGACCGUCCUGCAAUGUCGUCUACCAGCGGAGUGUCUGCUCGCGAACUAUCUACCGAACAGCCUUCUACCCGCUUUAUAAGCUGCCUGAGUCCACCGACGUUCCUUGAACCCGGUAGACAUUCUGAUGGAUUGUCGCCCUCGACUUCGAUCCCGCCAGCCGGUUCCGACGGCAGUGACACGGCCUGGCGCCUACAGAAGUCUUUGGCGUCCAGCACACAUUUCCAGUCAAGAUGCUUGGCUACCGCUCCAACUGAUGACAGCGAAAGCGAAAGCGAAAGCGAAGCUCCGCGGAAGCCUUACCGGAGACUUCGCACGAAAACGAGCUCGUGCCCGGCUAGCAGCAGCGCAAAUUUGCUGUCGCGUCAUAGGCAUAGCUCAAGACCUGAAGUCGUGAGUCGUCCAUCCGGACCGACAUGGGCUGUAGCCCGUAUUACAAAUAGCAGGCGUCGUGGAUCGAAGCUGUACUAUCGAGUAAGUUGGCAAGACACGUGGGAGCCUGCCGACUGUCUCCAGGGUAGCGCGGACACCGCCCUUCAAGAGUAUGAAUACGCCGCCAAGUAG